AUGACUUCUUUUGGAGCAACACAAAUUGUUAAUGAGAAUGGUUACAAUCCUACAUUCAAAGUGCAUGGCCAAGUGUAUCAUCUACUUGGUUCUCUUCUCCCAGUACCUGAUGAAGAUUCAAAGUUCCUGCAAAUCUAUUUUAUAGGUGAUAAUGAAAAAGAGAUCAAUCAAAGAUGCACAUUUCAUCAAGCAAUAGAGCGUGCAAUCAUAUCAGAUUUGCAAGAGCUUUUACAUCAACACAACCGCUUGAUUAAAAUAUUCAAAUAUGCUUUGCAUAAAAUGCCAUCAAAGGAUUAUCAAGUUGUCAUUCAUGCAGACAAAACACCAGCUGGAGAACAUGAAAGACGGUUCAAUGCACCAAUUGCUGAAGAAGUAGCUAUUGUUAUCGUUGGAUCAGAAUUUGAAAGGCGUGACAUUGUUGUGCAGAAACAGGAUUCGAGUUUACAAAGAGUUCCUGAAACCCAUAGAAUGUAUGAUGCUUUGCAGUAUCCGUUGAUACAUUGGGAUGGACGGGAUGAAUACCAUAUUCAAAUUAUGCAAAUUGAUCCAGAGAAUGAUGAACCAACAACUAAAAAAGUUUCUUCAAAUGCAUUCUAUGCAUAUAGAAUCAUGAUCAGAGCUAAUGAAUCGAAUCAUAUUUUGAAGUGUGGAAAACUUUUUCAACAAUACUUAGUUGACAUGUACACAAAAUUUGAGAGUGAAAGGCUAUUGUUCAUCAGACUAAAUCAAAAAAAAUUGCGAGCUGAGAAUUAUAUCCACCUACGUGAUGCAAUUACCAACGAUGGAAAUGUUGCUGAUAUUGGUCAAAUGGUCAUACUCCCCUCCACACAUACUGGUAGCCCAAGACACAUGCAUGAGUAUGCACAGGAUGCGAUGACAUAUGUGAGGAAAUUUGGAAAACCAGAUCUAUUUAUAACUUUUACGUGCAACCCAAAGUGGUCGGAGAUUCAAGAGUUGCUUUUACCAGGUCAAACGACAGCUGAUCGACCUGAUAUCGUAGCUCGAGUCUUCCAGCAAAAGCUACAAUGUUUUAUGAAAUUGAUCGUUAAAAGUCUUCUGUUUGGUGAUGUUCGCUAUAAUAUUAUAUCCGCAGAAAUACCCGAUCCAAAUUUGGAUCCAAUAUUGCACGAAAUUAUCAAGAAGCACAUGAUACACGGUCCAUGCGGAAAAUGUAAUCCAAAAUCGCCGUGUAUGCGAGAUAAUAAAUGCACAAAAAAUUACUCACGACCAUUUGUACAAGAAACUCAAACAGGUGGUGAUGGAUAUCCACUUUAUAGAAGGAGAAAACCGGAUGAUGGUGGACAUACAUUUACCAUGAAAGCAAAAGGAGUUGACAUGACCAUUGAUAACAGAUGGGCAAUCAAGUAUAUCUUGAAAUACAUUCAUAAAGGUAGUGACAUGGCAGUUAUCGGACUUAUGAACAAUAUUUCACAUGAUGAAGUUACUCAAUAUCAAACAGGUCGUUACAUCAGCAGCCAUGAAGCUGUUUGGCGAAUAUUGGGCUUUAACAUUCAUGAAAGAUUUCCAGCUGUAGUACAGUUAACGGUUCAUUUGGAAAAUGGGCAAAGGAU